CCCCCCCUGACUCGGCCCUGGGUAUUUUAUGAUUGAUUUCAUACUAAUUUACAUAUUCAUAGUUUGACAAACAAGUAUCAUUAGUCCAACGUCAGAUAGCCUACUCAUUUGCCUAUUCCUUUUUGUACCUUAUGAUAUGCCGUAGUUACGGGCGCUCAAACUCUUGUCAAAGUUUUUUUUUUUGAAAAUUGUAGGACAAUUUCACAAUCAAUUACAACCGUUACCAUGGAGGAGGUGACGCGCCUGGUAUCAUCAGGCGACUGUGUGAAGAUCUGGGACUCAGCCUCCAUGACAGUGUUGGAACAGUUCAACCCACAUAGCGCUACACACCCUGUGGCCCAAGUGUGCUGGAGCAGCAACAAUCAGUAUCUUGUAAGCGCCAGCAGUAUAGGAGACAAGCUGGUGGUAUCCAGUCUCAAGUCCUCUCCUAUCCCAGUGGUGGAACUUGCAGAGGGGAAAAAGCAGACCCGCGUGAGUCUGAACUCGACGUCCCAGUACUUAGUGAGCGGGGGGCUUGAUAACUCCGUCAACAUCUGGGAUCUGAAGGCCAAGAGGCUUCAUCGCACCCUCAAGGACCACAAUGAAGAGGUGACGUGUGUGUCCUUUAAUGGUAGUGACAGCUACAUCGCAUCAGGCUCCACCAGUGGUGACAUCAUCCUGCACAGCAUCACCACCAACCUGUCUAGUAAGGCCUUUGGACACGGCACCAACCAGCCCAUCCACGACCUGAAGUACUCUGUGGUGAAGCGCUCCCUGCUGGGCAGUGUGUCAGAUAGUGGCUCUGUGGUCCUGUGGGACGCCAACACUCAGAAAGAGCUGCACGUAUUUGAUGGAGCCCACAAGGCCCCCGCCUCGGGCCUGGCCUUCUCCCCAGCCAAUGACCUGCUCUUUGUCACCGUGGGCCUGGACAAGAAGAUCAUCUGCUACGACACCUCCAGCAAGAUUGUUCUCCGCAGCAUGCGUGUGGAGUCCCCAUUGACCGCCAUUGACUUCACUCCAGACGGGGCAGGCCUGGUGGUGGGCUCCACCCAGGGCAGACUGUACCUGUACGACCUGCGCAACCUCAGCGCUCCCACCAAGACUGCCACCGCACACAAGACCUCCAUCACCAGCCUGCGCUUCCAGAGCUCCCAGAGCAGACACCUCAAGUCCAGUAAAAUGGCAUCCAGCAAGUCUUCUAGCUCUCACACAAGCAAGAGGAUCUCAGCCAGGCUGGGUAAUACCUACUUACCAGCAGCCACCCACAGCUCCACCUCUACACCCCCCUCUAGCCUGCUUGCACCCCACAUGGUAGAUGGAGGGGAUGGACAGGCACAGGGCACAGGCUCCAGUGUGGAAGUGGUCUCCAGAGAGGCGGAGGGCCAGCCGGGUGCUGACCGCCUGCCCAGUCUGGACAAGUUCAGUAGCGUGGGUAGAAACAGCCUGGACAUCUUCUCCCCCGUAAGAGACGAUUACAAAGCCCAUGGGAUGGGUGGUGAUGCUCCUGGUGGAAUCAAAGGGAAUGGGACCAGUUUGGAUAUGUUCUCCAGAGAAGGAGAAGGGCAAAACAGCACGGAGAAGUUCAGCAAAGUGGGACGCAAUAGUCUGGACAUUUUCUCUCCAGUCAGAGAGGAUUACAAAUCCCAUGGAAUGACCGCAGAUGUAACAAGUGGGAAGAAAGGAAACAAUCUGGACUUCCUCCCUUCCUACUCUGGUGGACCCCCACACCGCAAGACUCCCCUGGGCACACCUGGAGGAGGGCGCUGUUACAGCCCCCUGUCUGUCUUCCAGACCCCUCAACCAAUCAAAGAGGAGGAUGCCGAGCCGCCAGCGCAGACAGACACACUGGAUUUGAAACGGUAUGAGAAGGGUGAAGGCCCCACCCCACACAGCCAACCAGCACAGCUGUUCUUCACCCCUGAACCCAGCCUGAGGGCGGCCAAUGACAUGCAGGCCCAACUGCGCUACAACACACCCCUCAAUGGUGGUCCGCACACUACUGCACCAGCAGGCCCUGCAGUUUCUUCAGUGGUAGCAUCCUCUGUAUCAGAGAGAAUAGUGGAGGCUGUUGGAGCAGAGGGUGGAGGCGCUCCCCUCACAUCACUGCAGAUCCAGUUCAUUCGCAACAUGAUCCACGAGACCCUGGAAGACUUCAGGGACGCCUGCCACCGAGACAUAGUGAACCUCCAGGUGGAGAUGGUCAAACAGUUCUACAUUCAGCUGAAUGAGAUCCAUGGUCUGGUCGAGAAGUACUCGGUCAACGACACGCUGGUAGAGGAGAUCGAGAAGCUGAGGGAGGAGAACAAACGACUCCGAGCCAAUUACUGAGAGGUUGACUUGGACUUACCACCUCAUCACCCCUAGAAACAGUUGUCCCCUCUCAACUCAGACAGAAUGUAUUAGGUCUCUGUGGGACAAUGCCUUUUUUUGUGUCCUGGUUUAAUCCCCUUCCAUCUUGGAAUGAAUUUACUCUUCAGUGCCUUACUGGUAGUUAAAGGAUUGACCAGUAUGUUCUUUGCAAAGUGUGCUAUCAGUCACAUCAAUCAUCUGUGACCGUGGUUAUCAGUGCUGGACAAUUUUAGCCCAAUUCCAAACCGUUCUCUCCCCUCGCAUAAAGAGAGGUCAACAAGGACCCAGGGACAGGAAGAUGCAUUGCUUAAAUACAGAGUAUACCAAACGUUAGGAACAGCUUCCUAAUAUUGGGUUGCAAUAUUUAACAAGUCACAUCAAUAAGGAAUCAUAGCUUUCACUUGGUCAGUCUGUCAUGGAAAGAGGUGUUCUUCUCUUCAGCAUAGUAUGGUUGAAGUUGAUAGUAUCUUUGGCUUUUACUGGCACACUGAAACAGAAUGAGGGCAUGCCUUUGUCUUUCACCAAUCAUGAUACUGUCUUUGGACUAGGCAAGAAAAUGUCAUAUUGGUCAUCAAUUUCUAAUAGUAAGUGGUGCCAAGCUCCCUCUGAAGUGUGCUUGCGCUGCCAAGUUUGCCCAUCAGAUAUUUGUUUUUGUUAUUGAUGUUUUGUGAAGAGGAAUAUAAAUACUAGAUGUGUACAAUUUU